GCACGGACGGACCCGCGCCUCCGGCCCCGACAGCCCCGCGCCAGCAAAGGGAAGCGAUGCUGAUGCUGGACUGCAAUUCAGAGUCUGGAAGUUUCAGCAGCCUAUUUGAGACAGGAACCGGUGUGAAUGCACCUGCAGAUGCCUCUGGUCAGUCUCCAGCUCACUUAGCUGCUUGUGGUGGUGAAGCUUUUUUUCUACUUUGGCAGCUGCAAACAGGAGCAAAUUUGAACCAACAGGAUUGCCUUGGAGAAGCCCCGAUACAUAAAGCAGCAAAAGUUGGAAGUUUGGAAUGUCUUGCUCUCCUUGUUGCUGGUGAUGCUAAAAUUGACUUGUGCAACAACAGUGGACAAACAGCAGCAGACCUUGCAGUGGAUUAUGGCUUUCUGGAAUGUGCCAAGUUCCUCAGGACAAUUCAGCACACUCAGACAAUGAAACUGAGAGGACAGUCUGGAUACUUGCUAAGUGACAGACAUGGCUUGUGGAGAGAGGAUCCAACUGCACAGAAACAAGAAAGCGAAACCAGCAGAUACAUAAACAGGAAGAGGAGAAGAUCAGAUGAUCUUGUCUCCUAGCUGCCAGAAAAAACAGUAAUACCAACAUGAAAUAUGGGGAAUCCAAAGUCUGAAGAACCAUGACUGGAUGAAAUACU